AUAAAGAAGAACGCAUUGCUCACUAGUCCCUCAUGCAACACUCAAGUCGAUUAUCAGUAGCCUGACCCAAACAACGUGUCAGAAAUGGAGAAUAUGUUUCGCCAAAAUGAACCCACAAAAUGAAUAUACAGUCACGCGCUCCUGGGGAAGCGCUAUUUUGGACGCGUUUGAUGGUUCGGCGGUGUUCCCAAACUUCUCCUUAAAGUUAAACGGCACAGGACUCGAGCCUCUCCACCUGUCGCGCGCCGUCCCGCUCGGCUUAGCUUUGGGCUUCUUCAUCACCUUCGCCAUUGCUGGAAACAUACUGGUCAUCCUGUCCGUAGUUUGCAACAGACAUCUGCGAUCUCCGACCAACUACUUCAUCGUUAACCUCGCUAUCGCCGACUUGCUUUUGGGCACCACCGUGUUACCAGUCUCGGCCACUUUGGAAGUAGUGGGCCACUGGGUGUUCGGGAGAAUCUUUUGUGAUGUUUGGGCAGCUGUCGACGUGUUGUGUUGCACCGCGUCCAUCAUGAGCUUGUGCGUAAUCUCCAUUGAUCGUUAUAUUGGAGUGAGCCAUCCUUUGCAGUAUCCUAACAUCGUGACGGGACGCAGAGCUUUGUUGGCCAUGUUGGGAGUUUGGGUCCUGUCUCUGGUCAUCUCUAUAGGACCGCUUUUGGGUUGGAAGGAGCCUCCGUCACCGGACGACACGGUGUGCGCAAUCAACGAGGAGCCCUUUUACGCGCUCUUCUCAUCCCUCGGCUCCUUCUAUAUCCCGCUAAUAGUUAUUCUAGUGAUGUACUGUCGUGUUUAUGUCGUGGCUAAAAGGACCACUAAGAAUCUGGAAGCAGGAGUGAAAACGGAGUCCAUGAAUUCCGGUGAAAUAACUCUGCGGAUCCACAGGGGCUCGCAGGUGCACGAGGACGCGGGCAAAAGUCGCGCGCAUCAGGCGAGGAAUUCUCUGACGGUCAAACUGCUCAAGUUUUCCAGGGAAAAGAAAGCAGCGAAGACAUUAGGGGUCGUGGUUGGCAUGUUUACGCUGUGCUGGCUGCCAUUCUUCCUUACUUUGCCAAUUGUGUGUGGGAAGUUAAAAAGUCAUCAGUUAUUGGCUGCUGGCUAGACUGAGUUA